UUGGGAGGAUUUGAAUUGCUGCCUGAUGUGUCUCAGUCUCUCCUGGUGGUUAUGUGCAGCUGAUUUUCUGUCUGGGCAAAGCUGGAAAGGAUUUUGUAUCAGUAGCAUCUGGAAAUGAUAGCCAUUGUCAUUGCUUUUAGCUGCAGACAACUGAUGUUUACCUACUCAAUGUUCCAUGGUCUCCUGUGGUCCAAAUUGAGAGAAAUUCCUCCUUUUCCCAUCACAGUUACUACAGAUACAUGGUGGCUUGCCUGACUAAAUUUCCAGUUGCAGACUAGCCUUUUGAUUGGUAGAGGGGAAAAAAUCUUCAGUGGAGAUUGUAUUUCUUUUAAGUAACUUCUUGAAAUUGUCUGUUGGAUCUGUAGUGUUUUCACGGUAUAAUCUGAGGAAAAAACUGAGAUACUCUGCCCCCUAUAGGAAAAAUUGGUAAUAGAGAACUUCUGGCCUAGUAAAUUGUUUUAGGGAGAAUUAAUUUUAUAAGGGAUUAGGGUCAUAGAGUUUGGAUGGUACCUUAUUAAAGUUAGCUCUGGAAAUAAAAAGGUUAAGGAUCUUUCCUAGAAUCCUCACCCUUUGGGGAGUUACCCCUACUGCUUGCUGGGAAAGAUGAUUCCUGAAAUGAAAAAUUCUUCUCUUCCAUCUUGAUGCUAAGCUAUUCUUUGUAGGAUAUUUUAAAAUAAUCUUUCACCCUUGAAGGGUAUUUUUCCAGUUAGUGGAUGUUAUGUCUAACUUCCAGUUCCAUAGUCAGAAUUGUCACCGUGCUGCUGUGUUUAAGGCUGUUUCUCUGGCUGACAAAAUCAAAUGAUAUAAUGCUAUACUGAAUAGCAAAUUUGCUGAAUUAUUAAUAAAUCUGGCAACUCGGGAGAAGUGAGACUGUUACAGCACAGAUUUAUUAAUUUCCUCGGGGCCUUUGUUAGGGGUCUCACUACAUAUACUGCAUAAAUAGUAGAUCUCAAAGCUUAAGAGCUUGCCUCAGGUGAAGAAGAUGGUAUAUUUUUGUGAGAAGAGGUGCAUGAACAAACUUUAUUUAAAUACUGAGAAGUUUAUUACCCCAAAUUUCCCAUUCACCUUGGAACAAACUUGAUUCAAGUCAAACCUUAACUGAUAAAGGAAAAAAUUCAAUUACUUCUUCCAGAACUGAGAAGAGACUUUGUUUUGGAGAAAUACAAUUUCUGAUUCAAGAUUUGUAGCAAAGGGUCAGAAAGACUUGAUGGACAUUCUGGUUUAAGAUACCUUUCAGAGAUGCCGGCCUUAUUUGGUAGAGAGAGACAUUUUCUUUUUUCCUCCAAGCCAGAUUUAAAAAAACCCACAACCCUCUAGAUGGAUGGGAAUACAUCUCCUUGGAUAAACUACUUGAAUCCAACACAGUUCAUGGACUGGGAACUCAGAUGAACAUUCAUUAAGAAUCAUUCUAUAUACAUUCUCAAAUUUUAUGGCAAGAACAAGAAACAGUGGAAUGGGCAGAAGGAAACAUGAAGUAUCUGAAGAUGCACCUAAGGUUUUGUGAAUAUAACUGACCAUCGAGUUCUGCUGUCAGCUCUUCUACUGGAGGGUCUACUGAAUAUGGAGAGCUGGAGUGUCUGUUCCUCUUUAGACCCCUGAGGAACUGAGUAGAAGAACAUAAAAAGCCCUGUUUGAUACAAUGGAUGAACAGUCACAAGGCGUGCAAGGGACUCCUGUUCCACAGUUUCAACCACAGAAAGCCUUACGUCCUGAUAUGGGCUACAAUACGCUAGCUAACUUCCGCAUAGAAAAGAAGAUCGGCCGUGGACAGUUCAGUGAAGUUUACAGAGCAACUUGCCUUUUGGAUGGGGUACCAGUAGCACUGAAAAAGGUGCAGAUAUUUGAUUUAAUGGAUGCCAAAGCCCGGGCUGACUGCAUCAAAGAAAUAGAUCUUCUUAAGCAACUGAAUCAUCCAAAUGUAAUUAAAUACUAUGCCUCCUUCAUUGAAGACAAUGAGCUAAACAUAGUGUUGGAAUUAGCAGAUGCUGGAGACCUCUCUAGAAUGAUAAAGCAUUUUAAGAAACAGAAGAGGUUGAUUCCUGAAAGGACAGUUUGGAAGUACUUUGUUCAGCUGUGCAGUGCACUGGAACAUAUGCAUUCUCGUCGUGUCAUGCAUAGAGAUAUAAAGCCAGCUAAUGUGUUCAUUACAGCUACAGGGGUAGUAAAGCUUGGAGACCUUGGACUUGGACGAUUUUUCAGCUCCAAAACCACAGCUGCACAUUCUUUAGUGGGUACGCCUUAUUACAUGUCUCCAGAGAGAAUACAUGAAAAUGGAUACAACUUCAAAUCUGACAUCUGGUCUCUAGGCUGUCUGCUAUAUGAGAUGGCUGCACUGCAGAGUCCCUUUUAUGGUGACAAAAUGAACUUGUACUCUCUGUGCAAGAAGAUAGAACAGUGCGACUAUCCACCUCUUCCUUCAGAUCACUAUUCAGAAGAACUGCGACAAUUAGUUAACAUAUGCAUCAACCCGGAUCCAGAGAGGCGACCAGACAUAGCCUAUGUCUAUGAUGUAGCGAAACGUAUGCAUGCACACACUGCAAGCAGCUAAAUAGACAAAAGAUCAUGAAGAAAAGAACCUGAAAUUUUCAAGUAUUUUUGUGCAAAUCCUCCCACUCCUUUUUCAUCUGUGUUACAUAAAUGUAGUUAUUCAGAACAGACUGAUGUGCUUUGAAUUGUGAACCAGUUUACAUACAAGCUUCCUGAGCUAUUUUUUACCAAUUGCAGUUUAAAAAUAUACGUUUAAAUGGUAAAUAAAAAACAGAUUUAAAAUGUAAAGUAUACUAUGGAAAAUAGUGGUUCCUGACAGCUUUAAAAAUAGUGAUUUCAAAUGUAUUUUCAAAUGUAUUUUGUUAAUAACAAAAUUGCAAUCAGUUGGGAAUUCAAUUCUAAAACAUCAUAGCACUGCAGUUUUGCACGAUAUGGAUAUUAGGCUUAUUACCUAGAAACAAAAUGUUUGAAUCUUUCUCACUUUUUAUAACUUAUGGAAGUUAUGAAUCAACACAAUUAAUGAGUUUAUUUUAAUUUUUGUUCUACAAGGGAAAUAAUUGUAAGAGAUUUUUUUUUGUAUUUUAUAAUGAGUUGUAUGUAGUUUGCAGUCCAUCUUCUCAAGAUAAGUGAAGAUGGAAACCAUCUGAUUAGCUGUUUUGCUGAAAUGGCAACUGUUAAAUGUGAAAAAAAAAAAUUUUGGCAAAAUUGUCAGACACUCAAAAAUCUCUGUAACUUGUCCCUUUUCUUUGUGGUAUUGUGACUUAAAUUAACCCAGAAAAUUGGCUUUAAGGGUUUGGUUUGGCUAGGUUAAACCCCAUACUUGCAAUUUGAUUGGUAUGGCUUGACCUGCAUACCUGUGCAGCACUUCGUUGACUUCAGUGGGUCUGUGCACAGUCAGAUCCUAAAACCCUUGCAGCUUCCUGUUGUGGUAAAUGGGGUUCAGGCACAUGACUGUCUGAACAGGCCUGUUUGAAGGAUGGGGGCCUUAAGUUACAAUUCCCUAGGAAUUUCUGUUUGGUGGUGGUGUUUCUAGAUUUUGUUUUUAAAUCCUUUGGAUGACCUUAUACUACUAUAUUUUUAAUUCCUUCUAAAAAUACUUUUUUAAUCCAGUGCCUAUUGCCCAAAAUACAACUGUUCUCUGUAAUACAAACACGUUUCAUAAAAUACCUGGUUUUGUUAUCUACCCUAUCUUUUAUUUUAUGGCCCUAAAAACAUCGUUUAUAUGCUGUAAAAGUUAUUUAGCUUUUGUAUUUAAAGAAAAAAAAUCAGUGCUGCUUUAUUUGUGUAGUCAGCAUAUUUGUUGAUUAUACUUUAAAAUGUUAUUUCACCAAUAUUUUAUCUGAGUUGGAAAGUAUGUUCAAAAUAUUUUGGUUACACUUAUAUUGGUCACUGUGUAUGCAUGAAUGAUUUAUUUUAUUUGGAAGUGAAAGUAAGUACACACCAAUACAUUGUACCUAUAAAUACUGAUGAAAAUUGAGGUCUAAUUUCUCAGAAUUUCAAGACCAUAUUUUUAAACAAACACAUAAAGCUGUCAAAGUGGUUAAUUGCUGCAAGGUUGACAAUGAGAAUUUUAUUGAUACCAGCUUUAUUGUUGAGAUGUAGUUAGUUUAAAUCUUUUUUGAUACAAAAAGUCAGGAAAAAGUAAAAAUUCAAUACUUACAUGUAAAUAUUGGAUCUGUAUACAUUAAGUUCACUAUGCAUUCAACAUUUAUAAUGGUUGUUUUUCCACAUUUACUUUAUUAAACAAGUUUGCAUAGAUAGUAAAAUGAACACUGUGCAGCAGUAGUUCUGUUUCUUUGAUAGUAACCUUCCUUUGAUUUGACAUAAUUCAUAAACAAUAAGAACCUAGCUAUGGAUUUAUAGACAAGUUUCAACACAUAGAAAAGUUUUUAAAUGUUAAGAAAUGACAUCCUAUUGAAAACUAUUUGUUUUAAAAAAUGCAGUAUUUUUUAUACAUCUGGGACAGAUCCUCAGCUGCUUGAAAGUGGUGUAGCUGCAUUGAUUUAAAUCAGCUGAGAAUCUGUGCUGUGAUUUAAUGACAAAGGUGCUUUGUUGUAGGAUGAAUCCUUAGUUUUUCGUCUAGCUGUUCUGUGUGUAUUGAAUGUAAUCUUUGGGGGCUUCAUUGAGACUACUACAAUGAGUAAAAAUAGUCAUCUGUAAAUGUUGUCAGGAUUGGCCCCCGUCUUGCCUAUCUCUGUCUGGCAACCUUUACAUUGAGCUUCUAUUGAAUAUAUCAAUUAAUUUACUAGUUCUUGGUGACUGUUGUGUUCCAUAAGAUUUGAAAUUAAAUAAAAUAGUUUGUACUAAAACAGGGAACAGAGUAGUAUUUGCUUGACCACCAGCAAUAACUGUUAGUAUGCAAAAUUAUUCAAGUCAUUCUUUUAAUCUGUUCUGUUUCUGAUAAACAACAUUUACAAGGAUUGAAAAAAUUGUACACAGUGAAGUUAUUUCUAUAAGAUAGUCUAUUUAUUUUAACCUCUACUUAGGUCAAAUAUGCACAUCACUUUUCCUGAAGAAACUAAUAUUUUAGGCAAAAAUUAUUUCUGGAAGGCUGCAUGGUAAGAAAAUUACGGGAAUAGUUGAGUUAGAAAAUACACCUAAAAAUGCUAAGGCUUUUUUUUUUUUUUAAAUUGAUGAUUUAACCUUAUGUAAAAUAAGUAAUUCUUAUUUUAAAAGAAUUAAAAUAAUGGUAUAGAGAUGAUCCAGUUAAAUCUUAGGUGUUGCAAACAGUUUCCCAAUGAAGAUGAAAAUGCUGGGCAGCCUAGUGUAAUAUAUUAAAGUUUACAAAGGGUAAAUGAAGUUUACUCCUGUUUAAGGGUCAGGUUCUACAACUUACUCACACUAAAUAGUACUUAAUGUAAAUACAUAGAACUACCAUGUAAGUAAAGACUGUAAAAUCUAUCCCUUAAUAAAGUGCCUGACAGCAUAUAAGAAUUAUAAAUAUAGUAAUAAUUAUUACAACCAUUUCUUGAAUGCCUUACCAUUUUAAAUAGCUUCUAUUACAAAACACCAUUCUAGUUGCCACAUACUGUAGGUAUUGUUAACAUUUACCAUAUUUAUUUUACCAGUUGCAUUAAAUGCUUUCCUUUUAAAUGAGUAUUACAUUAUAACCAAAAAUGUGUAAUUAUUCUCUGCCUUAUAUUUCAAUAGUACUGUAAUAUUAUUGUCUUCCUUUGUGAAAUACGGUAUUUUGUUGUGUUUUGAACACCCUUGCUGAAAGUCUGCUCUUGGUCUUAAACUACUUUGCUGUACAAUAUUCUAAUAUAAAUAAAACGUACAAAAAUUAAAUAUAAUGUAAAAAUCAUAGCACUUCCAUGAUAGUUUCUGGAGCCUUUCCUGUUACAGAUAGGUAACAGCUAGUAAUAUACAUAUCUUGUGAAUAAUCUAUUGCUACCAGUAAUUGAUUAUAGAUGAGAGUUAUUGAAUGGUGCAAGAGAAAGUUUUAAAAUCUUUAUAACAUAUAUCAAAAGUGCAGAAAAUAUUACAGCAGGCAUGUUCAUGAUUGCAUAAAUGUAAUGCUUUUAGGUAAUACUUUUAAAAGAGUAUUUUUAAAUUAAAAUGAGGGUAUAUCUGAAAAUCUUAAAAAUAAGUAUAUGUAUCAUAAAAAAGCAUGAAAGCCCCAAUCCUGCAAGCUACUGUAUGUGGGUGGACCCUUCUGCCUUCAUGGAGUUCCACUGAUUUCAGUGGGCUGCUUGUGCACACAGGUUGAGUAAAUAGUAACUGCUGUACAGUGUAUGCAAAUGACUUCUGUUUAUUCAACAUACCAAUUAGACCUUUAUCUUUCACUGUUCUGUAUUGCAAAUUACUGUGCUUUAUUUCUUUUCUGUACAGUUCAAAUAAGAUUAGUAGUCUGA